AUCUCCUCUCCUGCUGCUUCCUGGAUUAAAGCGUCUUGUGAAGAACCCGUCAGUGCAGAAAUGUCUUUUCUGUCCGUCCUGCUGCCUCUGACAGGCCUCCUCCUCCUCCUCCUCCUCUCCUUCAUGUCCUCAGUGGACAGCUCAGAGUCCAGCGUGCCUCACCCGAUCUCCUGUGUGACCCGGGGAGCCGACCUGACGGAGGACGGGGUGGUGCUGCUAUGUCCUCCUGACUGCACCCAGGGGGGGGGGUCUGUGUUCGGGACGGGAGUCUACGCCUCCGUCUCCUCCGUCUGUGGAGCUGCUGUCCACAGGGGGGUGCUGGGUCCGUCCGGAGGCCCCGUCAGGGUCCACAAGCUGCAGGGCCGUCACAACUACAUGAGCUCCUACACCCACGGCAUCCAAUCACAGCCCCUGAGCCAGUGGAGCGCCUCCUUCCGCCUCACCAAGCCUGUGAAUGUUCCAUUAGAGCUGACCAGUGUCACCAGUACCACAGCUCUUCCUGCAGCUGCACGACCAGUGAAGAAGCCUCAGAAGAAGCCCUCAGUGAAGAAAGCUCUGACAGGUGGAAAUAAAGACUGUCAGAUCGACAUCGCCAUGCUGAUCGACAGCAGUAACAACAUCGGACAGCGAAGGUUCAACUUGCAGAAGAACUUUGUCGUCAAACUGGUCUCCAUGUUGAGGGUGGGACCGACUGGACCCCAUGUGGGCCUGAUACAGGCCAGUGAUUCUCCCCAGACAGAGUUCCUCCUCACCAACUACACUCAACCUAAAGAGCUGACGUUUGCCAUCAAGGAGGUGUCUUACCUGGGAGGAAACACCAACACAGGUAAGGCCAUCAUGCAGGCAGCAGAGACCUUCUUCCUCCAGGAGAACGGGGGGAGGCGUGGUCACCCGCGGGUCAUGAUGGUGCUGCUUGAUGGUUGGCCCUCUGACGACCUGGAGCAGGCGGCCCUGUUGGCACGUGAGUCCGGCAUCAACGUCUUCCUGGUUUCCGUGGCCAAGCCGGCGCCGGAGGAGCUGGCCAUGGUGCGAGACAAGGACUUUAUGAAGAAGGCGGUUUGUAAAGAUAACGGCUUCUUCAGCUACCUGAUCCCCGGCUGGUUCACCACCACCAAGCACGUGAGACCUCUGAGCCAGAGACUCUGCUCGCUGGACGCCCUGCUCUGCAGUAAAACGUGCUACAACUCGGUGAACAUCGGUUUCCUGAUCGACGGCUCCUCCAGUGUGGGGGAGGGGAACUUCCAGCUGGUGCUGGACUUCCUGGUGGGAAUCACCAGGAGCUUCGAGGUGUCGGACGUCGGCGCUCGCGUCGGAGCGGUGCAGUUCACCUACGAGCAGCGGCUGGAGUUCGGUCUGUUCGAUCACCACGACAAGGAGGAGGCCAUCACCGCCCUGAAGAGGAUCCACUACAUGAGCGGAGGGACGUCCACAGGGGAGGCCAUCAGCUACACCACCAACAAGCUGUUCAGACGAACGGGACCAGGACGCAACUUCCUCAUCGUGGUGACAGACGGCCAAUCGUACGAUGACGUGAGGCUCCCGGCGCUGGAGGCCCAGAAACAAGGCAUCACCAUUUACUCUGUGGGCGUGGCCUGGGCCCCCCUUGAUGACCUCAGAGCGAUGUCAUCGCAGCCCAAAGAUAGCCACACCCUCUUCACCAGAGACUUCACCGGCCUCACGGAGUUCAUCCCUCUGAUCGUCAGGGGCAUCUGCCGGGACUUCACCGAGAGCAACUGAGAACACACACACACACACACACACACACACACACACACACACACACACACACACACACACACACACAGACACAGACACAGACACAAACACACACACACACACACACACACACACACACACACACACACACACAGAAACACACACACACACACACACACACACACAGACACAGACACACACACACACACACACACACACACACACACACACACACACAGAAACACACACACACACACACAGACAGACACACCCACCCACACACACACAGACACACACACACACAUAGACAGACACACACACACACAAACACAGACAUUGUAAAUAAACACUUCACACGUUAUCAACAUGGACAGAUAAGAUUUACACUAAGAACCUUUUUCUCUUUGAUGAAGGAGGCGUUGGAUCCUCAACACAUAUGAACUCAUUCACUUCACAACUCAGAUUAUCUUUCAAAUUUAAAUCGAACACUAUGAAAAACUUUUAAUAAUUCAAUAACUUGGAUCAUUUGACAAACCACAGAUUAAAGAUGGAAACGAGUCUGUGAUGAAGAUGAAUUUAUGAACUGUAGCUGUGAGAUCGUUCAGAAUCUAAGAUUCUUCAUUAAAUUAACAUAAUGAGGAAACUGGAGCAGAAAUGAUCUGCUGUGAAAAUGAGAUCAGAUUCAUAACUGUUCAUGUUUCAGUUUAUUUCUUAUUGACCAAACUUUAUAUCUGUAUCUUUAAUUCAUAUGAGAUCCUGUACAUAACAUUUCAGUUUGAGAAAACGUCUCGUGAUACUUUGUUCUUUAGAAAAAUAUCAUUAAUGAAAAAUAACACAAAUUAAAAAUGUAUUUUAUUUCUUUUUUUAUACAUUUAGUGGCAGUUUUUUUAUUGUUAAAUGUGAAGAUUUCACUUCUUGUGACUGAUGCACGAUAUUUAUCUGAAAAUGUUUCACGUGUUUUCUGGAGGUUUUGUUUCUGAUGUUUUUUCUGUCCAACAUCUUUGACUCUGGAAAAAAAUCACAAGAAGGUUUUUAACAAAACGUUGAAUUGAUUCUGAACUUUUCCAUUUUGAGUAAAACAGACUGAGCUUCAGGUCGUGUUUAUUUAUGUGUUUUUUUAAUAACUUUAUCUCUUUGUAAGAAAAACUCUAGAGCACCGAGUUUCAUCUUCUUCUCCUUGCGAACAUUUAUCUGAAAUUGAACUUGAUUUUUUCCAAAACCUUUAAAGUGCACAUGACAUUUUCCAUCGUACAAAAUUCAUUGUUCUUGUUUAUACGUGAACAAAAUGUUUUUAAUUGGUUCAUCACAAUGAUAAUUAUAUUUUUUGAUGUCAGAAAGAAUCAAGAGAAACGAAGUUGUUAAGUAUUUUGCAUAUCUAGAGAACUUUGUCUCAGAGGGAAGAAACUUAUUCACAGUCUUUGUACUUUUAAUUAUUGAUUCACUCAAACUGAUAAAACUCAGAGUUAAAUCCUUUGAACAUGUUCUUUUUGUAUUGUAUUUAUAUAAACCCCUCCCCAAAAUGGAAUAAACUUUUACUUUAAUAUCGUUACAAAGGGAUUGUGUAGAAAGAAACUUCUAUAAGUAAUAAACCGUGGAUGUGUUCUUUCUUGUUGUUUGACAUUGACACAGAUGAUUAUUUCCCCUUUCAUAGAAUCACUUUAUUAAAUGUUUGUAGUUUUUGAAAAGGAAAGAGAUGAUCAUGUAAUUUAAAGAACAUGAAAGAGAUCAUGUGUAUGAAUUCUCUUCUGUUUGUAAACGUCUCGUGUUUCAUAAAUAAAGAACUCAUCUUUUUA